GGGAUGACCAUUUAAAAGAAUAUUGCAACAGCAGGAGAAGGAGCAACAGGGGAGCCGACGAGAUUUAAGGAAGGCGUGCCCGGAUCCACAGUGAACCACCCCUCUAGGGCGGUGAGCGGCGGCAGGGAUAGAACACACGCCGAUCAUGGCCAGCCAUCUUUCCUUCACACCCACCCUAUCUACUUACUAUCCUUUGCUAGCACGUAGACGACUUUCCUUCGCUGGCGCUUUGCCCUACUGAAGUCCUCGGCCGUCACCAAGUACCGUCGGUACGACAUUAUGAUUUCUCUCGUCGCGUUCGACCUCGAUGGCACCCUUGCCUUGAGCAAGCAGCCGCUCCUCGAUUCCAUGGGAGAGGCGCUGGCCGACCUACUCCAUGUCGCACAUGUGGCCGUUAUCUCCGGCGGUGAUUGGCCGCAAUUCGAGAAGCAGAUUGUGUCGCGCCUACCAGCACGGGCGAACCGUUCUAAACUGUGGCUCCUACCGACAACUGGCACCAAACUCUAUACAUACAAUGAGGGACAAUGGAAUCGCGUCUGUGCCGACCUCUUUAAUAGCUCCGAUAAGGAGAGUAUCCUCGAAGCCUUGGACCUCUCCCUCGAGAAGACUGGCUUUAAGCCUGAGAAGACGUGGGGGAACCGCAUCGAAGACCGCGGUAGUCAGAUUACCUUCUCUGCCCUGGGCCAGGAAGCGCCGAUACAUGAGAAGGAGCUCUGGGACCCCGACUUCGCUAAACGCAAAUUGAUACAACGAGACCUUAUACAACGAUUACCGGGAGUAUCCAUCAACAUGGGCGGGUCUACCUCUAUUGACAUCACCCAAAAGGGUGUCGACAAGGCGUACGGCCUGAAGAGGCUGCGCGACCAGAGUGGUAUUCCCCUCGAGGAGAUGAUGUUUAUCGGGGAUGCUAUCUUCCCUGGUGGUAAUGACUACCCCGCUCAUCAAUUGGGCCUGAAGACGGUCAAAGUGAAGGACCCAGAUGGCACGCUAGCUGCUAUUGCGGGCAUCCAUGCUUGUCUCAGUAAGACGAACGGUUAGUCUUGGGGAAAAUCAUUGUAGUUCGUGUCCCGCAUCACGGAGGAAAUGGUGUUUUCCCCUCUAUCCGGAACAGUCGAGGGUCUUACACCUGUAUAAUCAUUGCGGCCCCCUCUUGUAUUUCACGAUGGAGAUAAUCCAAACUUAGCUAUGGCUGUGGAAGUAAAAGUGGAAUAGAGGAAGCCUAGGUAUAACGCACUGCCACAGAGCUUGCUGGCUUUGAUAACGUUGCGUCUUUGCUACCGGCUGCCGGCUGAGACAGAGCAACGUAAACAUUUACCUCAACCACCAGAAUGCUAGUUCAACAUCGCUUGAACUUAUACCGAGAGUCGAUACAGAAAGUCGUGGCCGGUCUUGGAGGCCGGUUCUGGAUGGCCUCCUCUCGCGCGACUGAUUAGUUCAUAACCAGUCGCUCG